GCAGCGAGGAGGUGGCUGCGCCAGCCCAGACUGACCACUUACACGUUUGGAAACAAUCCCUACUUUGCAGCUGAGGAAAGGGAGGCUCGGAGGGGCUGUUCCCGAUCACACAGUUAGUAGCAGGAAGAGGAUUUGACUCCAGCUGCCUGACCUUAGGUUUGGAGGGGCGUUCGCCAUUGCCUCUGCACCUGCCCGGGUGCUCGGCACGCAUGCGUGCAGGCACGUUUAAAGCGCCCGCCACAGGUCCUCAGCUCCAGCGGGAAGAGGUGGGCGCUGGGCUCGGAUCUCGACGCCAGCCUGGAGGAUGCUGGGUCCCGCUGCCUCGCCCGACCCCGAGCCUCCGAGCGUCCCGGUCCCCGACAGCAACCGCGAGGGCGCGAGCGUGUCUCCAGGACGCCAGGCGCGGCCGCCCCCGGGGCCCUGCGUGCCGCCCGGGCUGGCGGAGGCGCUGAGCGCGCUGGGACUGGCGGGAGAGCGCGAGUACGCUGGGAACAUCUUCGCCGAAGUCAUGGUGUGCCACGCGCUGCCCCGGAGGGCCCUGCCCCGCGCGGUGACCCCGGAGAUGCGCGCGCUCGUGGUGGACUGGCUGAUCCAGGAGUACCUGGGCCUGGCGGGGGACACGCUCUACCUGGCGGUGCACCUGCUCGAUUCCUACCUGCGCGCCGGCAGAGUGCGCCUCCAGCGCCUGCAGCUGCUGGGCGUGGCCUGCCUCUUCGUGGCCUGCAAAAUGGAGGAAUGCGUGCUUCCCGAGUGUGCCUCCCUCUGCCUCCUGGGCGCUGGCUCCUUCUCGAGGGCCGAGCUCCUGCGCGCAGAGCGCCGCAUCCUGAGCCGCUUGGAUUUCCGGCUGCACCACCCGGGCCCGCUACUCUGCCUCGGGCUCCUCGCCGCGCUGGCCGGGAGCAGCCCCCAGGUGACGCUCUUUGCCACCUAUUUUCUGGAGCUGUCUCUGCUGGAGGCCGAGGCAGCGGGAUGGGAGCCGGGUCGGCGCGCAGCUGCGGCGCUGAGCCUGGCGCAUCGCUUGCUCGACGGGGCGGGCUCCGGCCUGGAGCCGGCGCUUUACAGGUAUGGCUCCAGGGACCUACAUUCCUGGUCAGUCUUUAUUUUUUUACUUAAAAAAAAAAAAAUUUUUUUUUUUAAUGUUUAUUUUUGAGAGAGACAGAGACAGAAUGCGAGUGGGUUGGGUCAGAGAGAGAGGGAGGCACAGA